AUGCUAAUGGCCCAGUAUAAAAUGAGGAGCAGCUCCUCCAGACACAUCAGAGCACACUGCCACCCAGAAGGAGAAGAAGCCUCCCAGCUCACCUGCACAGACAUGGCUCCCUGCUCCAGUAACUACUCCUCAGUGCACCAUAUCGCGAUCUCAGUGAAGGAUAACAUUAAGAUGAGAAAACCUGUCGUGGAGAAAAUGCGCAGAGAUCGCAUCAACACCUGCAUCGAGCAGCUCAAGGCGAUCCUGGAGAAAGAGUUUCACAAGAAGGAGCCCAACUCCAAGCUGGAGAAAGCCGACAUCCUGGAGAUGACCGUGAGCUUCCUGAGGCAGCAGCUGCAGCCGGGCCUCGUUCACAGCGACUACAACCAGGGCUACUCUCACUGCUGGAGGGACUCGCUGCACUUCCUCUCUGCUGGCUCCAACACAGAGGCCUGUGUGUCUCCUCUGCGGGGCCUCCAGCAGCAGCAGGAGCAGCUCCGUCAGGUCCAGAAGAGCAGCAGCUCCUCCCCAGUCUGCUCCACCAUCAGGCCCACAGUGCUGCAGGACAGCAGCAGCAGCAUCAGCAGCACCAGAGGCCCCAUGUGGAGGCCUUGGUAG